GCGUACAUAGAAGAUGUAACCAGACUGUAGCAAGUGAAGUCGCUCAAAUACGUGUACGAUUUUUCGCAUAAAACCAUUCUCCUACGAUUUUAAACAACACUAGAACAACGAAAUACAAAGUGAUAAUAAAAAAAAAGAAAAAAAAGAAAAAAGAAGGAAACUUUUCACGAAAGCAAGUAAAGUAUACAAUUUAUAUGUGAUUCGUGUUUAGUGAUUGAAUUAAAGUAUUAUAAAUUUUAACAGUAACGUACGUAUGAGUAAAAAAAAAAAUAAAAUAAAAUAAAACUACUUGAUAUCAAUUCCAGGAAAAAGUUCAUCGUGUCUCAGACCUUGAUUCGGCUGCGAAUGUACGAUGAAGUAACUGCUGAACUAACGGCGAGUUACUGUUGGAAAUGGAAAUUGCAUUCCGUUGAAGUUGGAUAAAAUAUUGUUUUAACAUUCGUCGUGAAUAUCAAGUACAGAACAGAGCCGGUACUUGGACUGGCAUCUAGUUGAACAGGUUCAAGCGGUUAAACACAGUACGGGGAUAGUCUAGUUCGAGCGAAAGAAGGCCUACCACGAGUGAGUCUGCUAACUUAUCAAGAUGAAGAGUUUAUUGAUACUGCAGUGCUUGGUAGGCCUGAGAGUUGUGUCGGGUCUGCAAGAUGAGACAAUAACAAUGCCCGAUGAUGAUUCGAACGAAGAGUUCAUCGAAGCGUUGAGUGAUUCUUCUACGCAGCAAAAAAGUUCGCAGAGCGAACAUGUAAACGAUAAAGACGUCAACCAUGGCACAGUACGGGAAGAUUCUGGAAAAAAAGAAGUCACAACGAUUCACGAAUCUGACAAAACUGCAUCGCACGAUGAACACAAUGCGAAAAACGGUCCUCAUGAAAAGUUGGUGGUGAUAAUACUCGGCGAAGAGAUCCUUCUGCCUGUAGAAGAACACGCUAAAGAUGUGCACGCGGAACCGGUGAUUCCGCUGGAAGAGUACAUUGAGGCGAUCCAAGACUUUUAUACCAACCCAAUCGGAGAAGCAUCGGGAACCUCGCAUUUCACUGAAGCUCCAGAAGUAAUUAAAAACUCCAGUACGCUUCCAGCCAAACAGGGCACGGACAAUAAGGCUGAAGCAGUAGAGAAAAAGAAUUCUACGUCAGAGAAGAGCAAACUUUCAGAAAGUGGCCCCAUGAUUGCAGAAAAUGACAAAGUGUCACAAAAUGGCACGGCUUCAUCUACGAAAAAUGAUACUCAGGCACCAGCUGAUCACUCGUCUUCGAAGAACAAUGAAUCGGUUAAAGAUGAUCACAAUAAGUCGGAAAGCAGUAGUCAGAUCGAAGUAUUGACUGUUAUUCCUCUCGGUAGUGAUGGUGAUGAUGACACUGGCGAUGAUUCAUUUGCCGAGGAUUUCAAGUUGUACGAAGACGGGACCGUUUCAAGCCUAGAACUUUUAACCGAAGACCAUGCUGAUUUGGAUGUUUGGCCGUCGGAUAGUUUGUCCUCUUUUGAAGAAUACUACAAUUUCGACACUUAACGUGCGAUUCGACGUUCGAGUGGCUUGUAGAUCAAUUACAUAACACCCGUGACGUUUUAGAGUAAUGAUAAGAGUACCCAACAUUUAUCGUACUAUCUACUAAUCAGCGUGAUCUUUCACAUUUGUAUUCCUGCUUUGUAAAUAAAUGAUCAAAUUCGCAGCAACACGCUGUCGGUGCGGUACAAAA